UCCAAGGCAGGCGGAUGCCUCCCGGAUCAUGGCGGACAAGAAGCUGGUUGUAGUCUUUGGAGCUACAGGGGCCCAGGGGGGCUCAGUGGCCAGAGCCCUCCUCCACGAUGCAGCCUUCCACGUGCGAGCUGUCACCCGCAACCCCCGGCAGAAGGCUGCACGAGAGCUCAGGAUGAGGGGAGCCGAAGUGGUGAAGGCCGACCUAGACGACCCCCGGAGCCUGGAGCCGGCCCUGGCCACGGCACACGCAGCUUUCCUGGUGACAGAUUUCUGGGAUCACCUCAACAAAGAGCGGGAAGUUUUGCAGGGGACGCAUGUGGCGGACUUGGCAAAGCGGCUGGCUUUGAGCUACGUGGUGUACAGUGGUCUGGAGAAUGUGCGGAAGCUGACAGGCGGGCAGCUAGAGGUGGCGCACUUUGACGGCAAAGGCGAGGUGGAAGAGUACUUCCGGGCCAUCGGUGUGCCCAUGACCAGCUUGAGGCUGUCCUCCUACUUUGAGAACUUCUUGACUGUCUUCCAGCCCCAGAAGGCCCGAGAUGGAGACGGCUAUGAACUGGCGCUUCCCCUGGGAGAGGUGCCCAUGGAUGGCAUUGCUGUGGAAGACCUGGGGCCAAUUGUGGUUCAGCUGAUGAAGGAGCCGGAGAAAUACAUAGGCAAGGAUAUCGGUCUGAGCACGUGCAGACUCACCGUGGCCGAGUACGCGGCUGUGAUGUCAAAGCAGACCAGAACAAAUGUGAGAGAUGCCAAGAUGUCACUUGAAUCCUACGAGAAGCUGGACUUCCCUGGGACCCAAGAGUUAGCCAACAUGUUCCGCUUCUACAGCAUGGGUCCGGCUCGUGAUAUCCCUUUGACCUUGAAGCUGAACCCAAAGGCCAGAACUUUUGAGGAGUGGGUGGCAGAUCAAGGAGCUGCUUUUAAGGACCUGUAAUGGAGGGUGGGCAAACCCAGGCUCGUCACAUCCGCUUUGUUCUCCUCUCUUAAAUAAA